CAAGCCGCUCGCCGUAGCGAGGAGGCCGCGUCCUGCGCAUGCGCGGUGGCGAAGGCGCAGUGGGUGCCCGGCUCGCGGGGCGGAAGGACGGUGGUGGGCUCGCGCCGAGGAAAUAGAAUCACCAUGUCAUCUGCACUAUUGCCUAAGCCGCAAAUGAGGCGCCUUCUGGCCAGACGGAUGAAGUUUCAUCUCUUUGGGGCAUUUUUUGUAUCUCUAGGAUGUGCAGCUGUGUACAAAUUUACUGUUGCUGAACCCAGAAAAAAAGCUUAUGCAGAGUUCUAUAAAAACUAUGAUCCUAUGAAGGACUUUGAAGCUAUGAGAGCAGCUGGUGUGUUUGAGUCUGCAGAGCCCAAAUGAUGGCAACCUGCAUUAACAGAUUCCCUUCAAUUUAAGGAGACUUGAUGGCUUAUUCACUGAAUUAUAAAGUGUAAUGCACUUCAAUCCAUAACAAACUGUAACAUAACUCAAUAAAUAAAAUACUUAUGCCAGUGGA